AUGAUCUCUCGUCAUUUUCUAGGCGUCACCCUCGGGGCCGUGGGCGUUACAUUGCUCUCUGCCACGGUUGUGGGGUCACCCCUAAGUGCUCGCCAGGACACACCACCCGUGCUCGACUGGGCCAGCCUCGAGAUUCUCACGGCCGCAGCUGAUGCGCAGGUGCAGUCUGUCAUUGACGGCAAGGAGAACAUAUUUGCGGGCGAGCCGCGUGGAGUCGCUCACGCGGUGCGGCAGGUGAUAGCUCCCUUCGUGUGGCCCAACUCGACCUACUACCAUGACGCGAGCGUGCUGCCACUUGUCGACGAGAUGCUGGCAGCCCUCGUUCGCCUCCAGCAUGACGACGGCACGUACACAGUGGGCAACAGACACUCUCCCCCAGAUACAGGCUUCUUGAUCGACGACUACAGUAUGCUUGUCCGCCUUCUCGAGAACGACGACUUUCCCUCGUCCCAGGCCCGCGCCGACAAGAUUCGUGGCAUGCUCGAGAAGGCGGGACCGGCCUCUCUUGGGGGGGCGCAUACUCCUAAUCAUAGAUGGAAGCUCUGCGGUGCGCUUGCUCACAUCUCGGCUAUCACGGGCAACGAGACCCUCGUACGGCGCGUUGAUCAAUGGCUCGCGGAGGGGAUCGAUAUCGACGCUGACGGGAUAUAUUCUGAGCGUAGCCCCAUCUACUACAGCGCCGUGACCAACCCGUCCCUGAUCUCUGUUGCUCGCGAGCUCAAUCGCCCAGAGCUAUACGACUAUGUCCGUCGCAACCUCGAGCUUAUCAUCGAGCAUACGGAGCCCAUCAGCGGCGAGAUCGAGACAGUGCAGAGCCGCCGGCAGGACCAGAGACAGUCGCCCGGCAGCAACCUGGCUGACUCGUACCCCUUGUUCCGCGAACUCGCCCUCCGCGACAACAGUGGCCGCUUCGCCGCGAUGGUCCGUCUGACCGAGAAGCUCAUCCCAGCCAAGCUCGGCGACUACCUAGGCACCCUCGUCGAGCGACCGGAGCUCGCAGCACUGCUUCCAGAGCCUGAAAACCCUUUUGGGAAUAGGUUUUCUAAGCAUUACGCCACUGCCAACCUUGUCCGCGCGCGCAAGGGCAACCUUACAACGACCGUCUUCGGUGGCACUGAUUGGUAUACAGCGCAGCAUCAGCAAUCUCCCUUUUUCAAUCGCUUCGGCUCGGGCUUGUCGACGAAUCCGACCUUCUUCAGAGCGUGGAAUGGGGACGCGGUUCUCGAGGCGGUCCGCAUGCUGCCCAACUUUUUCACCAUGGGCCAUUUCCGCUCCAACGGGCUCAACUACAGCAGCACCGACGGGGUGACGACCCUGGGUAACGUGUACGAGGUACCUUACUUCCUACCCAUGGAGCCUGAGCACAUCAACGCCAAUGCGACCUAUGCCCUCUCUCGCUCGACUCCCGAUGGCCGCUUCUACGCCAUGCUCGACUUUGAGAACCGCCCCAAGACCCUGCGUCGGCUGCAGACGGAGGUCAAGGUUGUGCCGACCGACGCGGGUUACGAUCUCGAAUUUGAGGUCAGUGGAGAGCAGGAUGUGGAGGUCAUGUUCGAGCUCACCUUCCGCCCCAACGGCACCUUUUCGUCCUCGGCCGAGGGCGGGCUGAAGAAGCUCGAGGACACCACCGAGGCGGAUGGCGCAGAGACGUAUCAUCUUAUUGAGGGCACAGGCAGGUACACGUCCGCAUCUGGGCAAAAUACCAUCAGCUUUGGCCCAGGGUUGGGCGAUGGUCGGCUAUUAAGUGGCGCCGGAGAGCAAUACAGCUGGAUGAACGGCAAGCUAGAGUUGGUGGGCCACCAAGUUUAUAUCACCGGUAUCACGCCGCUCAAGUAUACUCUUCAGCUCGGUUUUGAGUAG